UGCUCCAGGACGGUAGGUGGCGGUGCACCGAAGACAUAGCAUUGAAGAACAACAAUAAGGACGUACUGGCGUCUUGCGGAAGAAAAUGUGGUUUUGUAUAUCGCCUCUUCGAUGUUUUUAAUCCAGUUUUGUUGGAUUUUCGUUAUUGUCAAAAAACUGAAACAGCAAGUAGUGGACUAAUCUACUCUAUCAUCGGAAUGAACAUGUCGACUAUUUCUUCCUUUCAUACGCAGCUUGCCUCGAUUGUGGAUGUUUUAGCGAAGGCGGCAGUGGCAGAAAUUUGCGAGGUUGUAGACAAUGGCUAUGCUGUUUUACACUUGGAAAUUUCUCGGGGUCAGAAAGAAAACAGAGCUUUGAAAAGGAAAUUACAAAUGAUGGAAUUGAGGACUGCUCGAGGAUAUGAUGACAGCAUAGCCGGAGCAAGAUCCGCAAAUAGUUGCUCAGGUAGAGUUCAGAUUUGCGACGAAUUAAGACGAACUACGCAAAGCAAGGACCCAUAUUUCCCAACCGACGUGUGGGGAAAUGGAGAGCAAAGGGUAGCAGAUGAUGAUGACACUACUUUGCAAUCUACCAGGGACCAGCCUACAGACAAAGAGAAGAUGCAGCCAGAAUCACUACUUAUUAAAAUGGAAAGGCUUGAAGAGGAAAUUGACAGCAGUGGAGGAGUCAAAAUCAUUGAGCAGAAAGUUCUGGAGUCUGAUGGUGAUGAACAGGCUCCGAUUGCAGAUGAACAGACUGAACCUGCAGUGGACACAGAGGAGCUUGCUGAGCAGCACAGCAUCAGACACAGUGUUUGGGAAGAUGGUGGCCUGGACACUGUUCUCAAGGCAGAACCAGAUCAUGACACUAUCAGCCUCCAGGAUCCUGCAGGGAGACUGAACAAUCUGGGACAUAAAUAUGAUUUGUAUGAGAGACCUGGUCAUUUGGACACUUUCUUUACACAAACUCAAACUCAGAGUGAGGGUCCUACUUGCUCUUAUUCUACGGAAAAAAACAAUUUGGAAUGCAUGUCUAUCCAUUCAGAGCUACAACUUGCUUCGAGUGCAGAAAAAGGGUUAGAGAGAGAGGUCUCCACUUCAGAUUCUCUUGCCUUGAAACCAGAGGUUAUAACGAUAGAUCUGUUAGACUCUGUAUCCAACAAAUUAGACGUUGACAUGAGUUCCUCAUGGAGCAAAGAGGCGACAUCAGGAGCAGUUCUCAAGCAAAAUAGAUACUACAAAGAAAAUGAAAAAAGAGGAGUGUUGCAGCAUGAAGAUGUUAUGAAUGUGCGUCCAACAGAAUCCCAAUUGUUGAUGAGAGAGAAUGCACCAAACUUUGAUGUCCCAAAUAUUAUGGGAUAUACCCCUCGGAAAGAGGAUCUCACCACCUCAAGAAGCAGUACAACAAGCCACAAAGCUGUCGCUAGGGAGGAACAAUUCCUGUGUUCACAUUGUUGGAAGAGUUUCACUUGUGUAAAGACUCUUGAAAUACACCAGAGAGUUCACACAGGAGAGAAACCAUUUGGCUGCACACAAUGUGGAAAGAGGUUCUCUCAGUCAGCUUAUCUUAGAAAACACUGCAGUGUUCACACAGGCAAGAAACCUUUUAGAUGCACAAAAUGUGGAAAGUGCUUUUCUGAUUCAAGUAAUUUUAAAAGACAUCAGUAUGUUCACACAGGUGAGAGGCCAUUUCGCUGUAUGCAGUGUGGGAAGAGGUUCUCCUUUUUAGGCAAUCUUAAAAGGCACCAGAGCAUUCACCUUGAAAAGAAACCGUCAGGCACACCAUGGGAAGAGUUCUCUCACUUCAAGUCACCUUAACACACUGGCUAGAUGUUUUUCACCUGGACAUUAUGAGUGAAAGUUUGUACAGUGCUAUGUACUAUAAUUCCUGAAGAGGUUAUUUAGCUGUACAAUGUUUUAGAAAAGUCAUGUUUAAGUAGCUUCAUCGCACUCUGAUGUGUUUUACCUGAGAAUGAAAAAUGUCUUUGUCCUAGUUGAAGACCAGACUAUUCACUGUACUCUGAAGAGCGGCCAUGUGAGAGGCCUGUGAGGGAAGCUUUUUUAAGGUUUGCAAAGGUUUACAGAAAAUAACAUUCAAAUAUUUCAACUAAUAUUUCAAAAACAAUUUGGACUGCAUUUCUAUAAAGUUUUAUAUAGUUUUCUCAUUUCUUCUGUAAUUUCCUUUGAUCGUGGCGUGUGUGUGUGAAAAGUGUGGUAAUUAUUUCACUCUGUGAUCCCUGCAAUCAAGCUUGGCUGUGUUCAAUCAGCUGAAUAUCAAUUAAAAUUGGUUAAUUGAGCAACUAAUGGGGCAAUUUGUUUUUCACAUGGGGGAUAUGGGUGUUUAACAUUUUUCACUAAAUUAAAUGAUUUUUACUUUUUAUAUAUAUAUAAAAAUAUUUAUUUAAUAUUACAUUUUACAAAAGAUUUGAAACUAUUCAGUCUGACAAAUAUGCAAUAAUAGAGGAAAUCAGGAAAGUGGCAAGUACUUUUUCAGGAUACCGUAUGUGUGGAAACGGAUACUAUUUUGUGCUCUGAGAAUCUCACAGCAACAUACUCAUGUGGGGGCGACAUUAGCUCAGGCAAGGUAAGAGCACUCGUCUGGCAGGAGGAGGGGUGUAGGUUCGAUUCCCACCCUGGGCGUAACAAAGUACGCCCAGAUACCUAGCAAGAUACCUAACCCCCAAAUGCUCCUGGCAAGCUGGUUGGUGCCUUGCAUGACAGCCAAUGUGUGUGACUGUGUAUGAAUUGGUGAAUGAGAAGCAUCAGUUAUGCAGCUUUUUGGAUGAAGGUGCAAUAUAAAGUCCAACCAUUUGGGGAACACAGGAGGAGGCCCGUUAUCCCUCGACAGGAAUAGGCUUUAACAACCAAUUGGACAUCAGUCCAUGGAGAGAUGGAAUGCCUACUGCAGACAACGAUACUCAAGUGCAGUCUACCAAUAGCAAUGAGUCUGCAGAUUUAUUAGAGGUAAGACCUCAGUCAGUGCAUAUCAAGAAGGAGACCCUUGAAGAGGAUUUGGAGAAUAAUCUACAGGGAACACUGAGGAUCAGACAGGAAAGGGCUGUGGAGUGUGAUGAUGGCAAAAGUCCUCCAAUUGCAGACACAGACACUGAACCUGCAAUCGACACUGAGGAGCUAUCUGAGCAGCACAGCACCAGACACAGUGUUUGGGAAGACAGUGGGCUUGGCUCUGUUCUCAAGGCAGAACAAGAACAAGAGACUGUAGACCUCAAGGAUGCUGGCUCUGAACACACAACAAGGAGAAGAAACAGCCUGAGCUAUGAGUAUCUUCCUUAUGAGAGAUCCAGUCAACAGCAGACUCUCUUCUCACAACAGAACACUUCAACCGAAGAUCCAGCUUGCUUUUAUGCCACUGCUAAUGACUCUGAGAGUCUGCAUACUCACACAGAGCUACGGCUUUGCCCUAAUGCUGACAAAGGUGAAGGCCAGACCUCGAAAGAAUUUCUUGAUGUGAAACUUGGAGCCGUGGUAAUAGACUCAGGACCCAAUGAGUUGGGUGACACUGUGCAAGAAACAGUUUAUGGAAAGCACAGACAUUACAAAGAGUCUGGGGAUAGGCCAUUGCUGCUGGAAAAUGAUGCAUAUUCGCCACAAUCACAAAUGAUGGUCAAAGAGAACAUUGCGGUUUCAAAAGCCAGUGCACCCCCUGUGAUUGACUACAGGAUUUUUGAUGAAAGUUUCAUCACACAAAAAGGGGAUAAAUCCCUCAACAGAUCUGGUACAAGAGAGAAAAGAUUCAUUUGUACAUUCUGUGGGAAGAGUUUCACUUGCCCAAAAAACCUUGAAACCCAUCAAAGAGUUCACACAGGAGAGAAACCGUUUAGUUGCACCCAAUGUGGAAAACGGUUCGCCGAUUCAAGCAAUCGCAAGAGACAUCAGAUUAUUCACACUGGAGAAAGACCAUACAGUUGUACACUGUGCGGCAAGAGGUUUACUCAGUCCAGCUGUCUAAUAGCACAUCAGAGAGUCCACACUGGGGAGAAGCCAUUCAGCUGCACCCAAUGUGGAAAGAGGUUUGCAGAUUCCAGUAAUCUUAAAAGACAUCAGAGUGUUCACAUUGGAAAGAAACCAUUAAGCUGCACAUUGUGGGAAGAAUUGAAUUGCUUCAAAGCAUCAUAAAACUAUUUACCUGUACAGUGUGUUGGAAGUUUCAUUUAUCAUUAUAGCCUCAACAGAAAUUAAAAUGAUUUCAUACUGGG